ACUCCACCUCGAAGAAGAAGAAGAAGAAGAAGAUGCCUUGUCUUUAUAUCUCUACUAACGUCAACCUCGAUGGCCUUGACACUGACCCCGUCUUCUCUGCCGCCACAAAAGCCGUUGCAGAGAUCAUCGGACGACCGGAAAAUCUGGUAAUGGUGAUACUGAAGGGAUCAGUAGCCAUAUCGUUUAAUGGGAAUAAAGAACCCGCGGCUUACGCGGAGAUAGUUUCGAUGGGUGGCAUUAACAAAGUAGUGAAGAGGAAGCUCAUUUCAACUCUUGGUUCAAUCUUACAAGCCAAACUGUCGAUUCCCACCACAAGAUUUUUCCUCAAAGUUUAUGAUACGACAGCGGGGCAAACCAGGUCCAAAUUAUGAUUUCUCAAGAGGGGGCCAAAAUGGUUAAUAUCUAUGGUACGGAAUUUUCCUUUUUUUUUUGGUUUUCAGAACUGAACUGGGGCAGGCAAUCUAUUACUAUGACUCAGAAUAAAGACUGUUUAAUUAGAUGUUGAUUAUUGAGCAUUUACUUUAUUGAUAAGAAAUCAAUUAAUUAAAAGGUUA